CGUCUUAUUUCCUUCUUCCGAUUUCAACAAAUUCCUGCUCAAUUCAUGGCAUACGUCACUCUUUGAGGUCCCGCCAGGAGAUUGCAGAGAACACAGCUACUGACAUCAUGUCACUGCUUAAGCUGCCGUACGAGAUGGUCAGCUACGUGCUGGACGAGCUCGACCUUGACCAUGUUUGGCAACUGAGUCUCACCUGUAGGCAUCUAAGGUCUCUGGUGACAGAAUCGAACAUAGCAAAACGACUGCUUGAGAGCAAAGCACCGGCAGCAACAGAGACUCAAAACGCCCACGUUACCAAGAACUAUGCCCACGAACUUCGACGCUUGAUGAAACGCCGCCAAUCCAUCUCUUCGGUCACCCCCUACUUGGCAGCUGUCGUUGGCUUUGGCGAGGACUGGAUAUACCGAGAUGGCGUGCUGUGUUACAUCCGACAUGACCAACUUCGAAUAUUAAACCUCCAUGGGUCCGCAGUCGACGAAAUCGUUGUCAACAUUCGACUCCUUCUUGAUGAAGCGAUCCCCGAGUCUCGCAAGAUACGCAAUUAUCGGUUUCGGCCUCUCAACGUUUCGAACAACAUCGUCUCCUGUUUAUACUACUAUAAGGAGCCCUGUACAAGUGGAUGUGAUUGUGGUUCAGUCUAUGCGGGGUCGCUCGUUGUCUUUAGUGCUCAGGACCGCAAAGUUCUUACUGCGCGACGUCUACUACAAGAUUUCGAACCUAAGAGGGUCGCGGUACGAAACAACGACAAGGUCCUAUUUCUCAUCCACAGAUCUCGCUAUCAGGAAGGACGAUCAAUAUGCUGGAACGCCUACAAUAUUCUAGCCAACGCAUGGCAUCUCUCUACUCGCUUACGCUUGUUUGGCUUUCACUUUCAGCCAUUUGAAAUAGGCAUCACGCAUUGCUUCGAAAUUCUCGACGGUCACAUUUACUCGCUUUCAAACCAUAGCGACCUCGAAGAAGAGGAAGGCGAUUGGGUGUCGCCUUAUCAUUGCCUAAGAUUUCCUCUGGCUUUCAACGUUGUGGCCAAACUCGGACCCGACCGGCUGUUGCGGAGAAAUCAUCUGGACGGGCCAAUGGACCAUAGGUGGACGUUCAUGAGAAUGUUCAAAGAUGAAGCAACGGGUGAGAUCAAGGUUGUGGAGUCGCGGAGAGAAUGGAUCAAAAGGAGCUCCUCCGCAACACGUACCUACUAUACAACUACGAUUAAAUGGCCUAGUGAAAGCGCAAGUCACUUUGUAUCCGACUCCAAUGAAGAUGGCUCCGAUGGAAGCAACACCAGUGGAAACAACUUCGGUGGAACCAGCAUAAGCCCAGGUUACCUGGGUAAUUCAGGCAAUGAACCUGACCAUGGUAAUGCGGAAGUUCACCCAGAGGAUGGCAUAUCAGGACCUGGCGAGUCGGAAUCAAAUCAUCAACGAGGUGACAGGCCACCUAGAAUCCUACCUCCAAGGGACCCUCAAACUGUCCAUCCUGGAGAUGACAGCUCCAAAGGACCGAUAUUCCUUCGCAAUAAAUGCCCGAUCCUGUCAUAUCAUCCGUCUUGCCAAACGUUCCUUGACCUAGUGGACUUAUCACCAUCGAAUUCGGACAAACGACGGAUGCGCAUUCGGGGAGGUACGCGACAUCGCCGGAGGCCAGAAGAGAUUGAGGAUUGGAGCCGCUCUGCGAAAGAGAAAGGCUCAUUAUCAGUUGCGGAGAAACACUUCGAAGAAGUAUACAAAAUGUACAAACACGAAGAACCCGUUUCUUGGCCACCCGACCACGACCCCAAAUCUCCCAACCCGGCUUUAGCCCAACUCUACGAAAUCCUCAGUCCGCCAAACUACGCGGGCGAAAUCACUGGCGAUUGGGACGAGCGUUCGUUUGUGUAUGCUGCGGGUGCGUCUUGUGGCAGUAAGGAAAAGGCUCUUGUGUUCAUCUCCUUUGACCCGUCCAUUUCACUGGCGGGAACUUUGCCAUACCCAGGUCCGAUGAUGUUUGGUCGGCCUCAGUCAGUCGAUACAACCGGUCCGACAACUACUGUGAGUGACAAUUCUACUGCUCAUCAAAGCCAUGGCGAUGGAGUAAGAAGGGGGAGGCAGUUAGGAAGAGCAAGGCAGACCCCAAGGGGGAGGCAGACAGUAAAGAAGAGGCAGACGGGAAGGAAUGCACCGACGGAGGCAACACAGGUGCAUAGCACCAAGGCUGAUGCUGCCUGGUGCACUAUUGAACCAGCGCAGUAUCAAACGAUCAAGAAGGGUUUCCAUUUCUGCGUCUGAGACAGACACGGACACAGGGCGAAAACGAGGAGACAUGAAGACCAGGCUCUAUGCCUGAAUAGUACGGUAUGGUUCGACAGAAAGUCAUUAAUUUGGCGUGUAUCAGCAAUAGUUGUUUUGCUGUUACUAGCGAACAAUAAUGAUAUCGAUUUAUAUCACAGAAGCCGCAGGUCCGUUGUCUGGAUUGUUUUGUGCGUCCAUCCAACAGAGAUAUCUAGGCCGCUUUCGCCCAUUACUAUUCAGAAACACAGCAGACAGACUUA